CUCAAUUACAGUAACGAAAGUUCAAUUGCUAUUUUACGCGUAGUACGRUACGUACGKUACGUACAUAAUGUAUUCAGAACGGAAUACGACCUAGUUUCGUUUUGGUGUUGCACCCCCACCGUUCAACUCCCACACUCUGUACUUAAAACAUGGAUUCCAAGACAACCAGAGACAACGAAGAGGGUCAGGAUUCGGAAGACAUACUUGAAAAUACAUCGGAUUUUUCUCUAAUUGAUUCGUUCCAAGAAGUUCGGAUGACAACUUCGAAAAAGGAGCUUUCACCAAAGUKUGUCGGGAAAAAUUCCCGUGCGUCAAACGGAACAGAAACGAUGACGAUGACAGCCAAGGGGACGGAAUCGUGCCAAGCGGAGGUGAUUCCAGAACUUGAAAGCCCGGACCUUCAAGUGGGUGAUCACGUCUACCAAUGGAGAAGUCUAUGUGGUGUCCCGUAUAUGUUUCAACACCACGGGAUAGUCAUGGACAUCAUCAAAGACGAGGAUGGGAACCCGACUCGACUGACCAUUGCAGAUUUCUCCAACGUCGAGACGAAGCCAUCACAGAAAAAAAGCAAAACCAAGGUGGACACGACAAAAACUGAUGCAAAGCGAUUUGACAAUUCUGAAAUUGUUAUUGAACCUGAACCAGAGAUAGGAAUAAUAGAACAUUCAUCUCAACAAAAUGAAGCAGAGGAGGAAACUGCCAAUACGAAUGACGGACGCUCGACAAAAAGUUCGUCGCGAAGACUGAGCCUUGAACAAGAAGGAAUCAUGCGAACAUACACCGAUACAGACAAAUGGCACAAGGUUCAUUAUCAGUCUGGUUGGUGGAAGCGCCAGCUGUGUCGAUCCGGGACGGCAACGAAAGCAAAAUCAGACCCUGUGGGCUUGGUGUUAGCGAGGGUGAAUUUCAUCAUGCAAUAUCCCGAGCAGCUUCCCGACUACCAUGUCGUUCAUGCAAAUUGCGAGUGUGUUGCUUUUUGGUGCAAAACAGGUAGAUGGUCUACCCUCCAAGCCAGCUCGUUUUUGGAGUUGACGGCAGCAGGGUGAGUUUUUUCCUUCCUCCCGUGCGGCUAUGUUGCUAUGCAGUACACCGAAGGUCUCUGAACAGUUUGUUUAUGUCACUUCGUUCGUCCUCAUUUUCCACUCAUGAUCUUGUCUCUGUUCAAUUAUCUAUAUCAUCGAUACUCUCAACUUUGUUGUUCACAAUUGGUGAAAAAAACAUCAUGUAGCCAAGCAAAAUCAUCUGCGACGUUGGCAGCAACAGCUGCAGGUGCAACAUCGAAUGUAACUGUUCCGGCGGCUGGAAUCUGGGGGUCUUGGUUUGGAUUUACGACAUCUACCAGUGUCAGUUGGCUUAGUUUACAUCCAAUGGCAAUUCCCGGACUGGCUUGCUACGCCGCUAUCACGGUUGGAGUACCAGCCAUUAUGUAUGCAAAGGCCAGCAAAAAGUGGAAGGAAACCUCCCAACGUUUGUGCGACGCAUUUUGGGACUCUGCAGCGGAAAAUCCAGAUGUGUUUGCAGAAUGUCUCACGCACUGGAGUGAUAAAGAAUGAGAAAAAUCAGCACAAAAUAUCACCAAUAUACUGUGAAGUUACGAAAAAAUUACAARUGAGCAUGCUGUCCUGAAAACAACGCUCCUGMAACCUUUGCGAUUAAAGGCAACGGGGAACGACAUAUAUUUUUGUGGAUUUUGGAUAGAUUAUAGAUCUUGAGAUCCUCAAACCACUGUGACCUUCUUUGGCGGCACGUACUCAUUGUACAGUGCUUGCUUUAAGUCUAUUGCCUUAGUCUUUAAGUUGAAAAAUGGAUUAAGGAAUCUCGAUUUCUUCACUUCAGUAAGCAAGCCGUGUCAAGCCAGAAUGUUGAAUUGCUGCACCAAUGUUUUGAUUUCUAAUGAGAUCCUUGUCUUGCAACUCACUUCUAACUUCCUUGUGGAUAUCACACCAGCGUAGGUACAUGGUGGCUAUACAGUAGGUGAAUUCAGGGAAAGAAACCGUCAUUAUUGCAGUGUACAGGGUGAAAGUAAUUACUAACGUUUUGCUGGAUAGGCCAAAAUAUGGAGCUUCCAAAACCAACCACGAUCGAUCGCAUCGCUACUCCCCGAAAGAGCCCAAUAAAACCCUCUUUCAAAACAAUGUGCCUCCCAAUCUUUAAUAUGGAUGUGGAUGUCGUUUUGUUGGCUUUAAUUCUAGUAUUGAUAACAUCCAGGGGGCAUGUCAAAAUUGCGCACCCAACUCCAGAAGCUGUGCCACAAAGUGCACUUCCUUGUGAACUUAUGGGGUCGUGUUUCGACAAGCCAUARCAAGAUUUAUAAUAGGACGCAAACAAUUCAUAGAAACCAAUCUUUACCGCAGCGAAUGGUAGAUCUCUGAUUAAAUUAACGUGCCAUCC